AGAGAAUAAGCUACGAAUAUAACUUUUAGUUGUUACAACUAAAUUUGGAUUGAAUCUGGAAUAGAACAUCAUCCCUAGAACUUUGUCUUCGAAUUAUCAUCUUCAUCCUAUUUCCAGUUUCUUCUCGAUUUUUGCCUUUCUUUUCCUUCCCUUUCAUCUUCAAUCAACAAACAGAAAUUUAAUCAACAUUUUCCACCAAAAAUUAGGCAACAAUCAACUUUCUGGUGAUCUCUUCAUCUUCAUCUUCAUUGAGAAAACUUUGUGAUACUAAUACAUCAUCUCGAGUUCACGUUCAUCACCGUUUAGAGUACGUGUUAACCACGUACUUGUUAAUCAUUCGUAUUAGUUAAUUGUGUCUAUUAACCAUUUUUCUCUCUCGUCUUAAUUGUUCGCGAUUUGUUUUCUUCUGUUCCAUCAAUCAACCAUCCGAUUGAUUUAAUUUUCUAUUCAUGUAUUUAAUUGUUUCCAUUUCAAUGACAUGAAGUUACACCGAGUCUAUAGUAGGAAUAUUUAUCCACACAAAAUUUUACAAUUAAUUUUAACUCUUUUUAUAUUAAUUUGUGAUAAUCCUAAUUGUUAUGCUCGAAAGCAACCAUUUCCCUCGGAGUUAAUUCAGGAAUUAAGUGCCAAAGAACUUGAAAAUUCAGUUGAUUUCGGUGCUACACUUGCUGUUUUCUUUUAUACACGAUCAUGCACAGAAUGUAAAGAUCUCCUUCAUGGAUUGGAAAAGAUUUAUGAAGAUGUCGAUAAACUUGGAAUCAGUUUCAUCAAAACAUCAGAAAGAGCAGCAGCCAAAAAAUUUGAUGUAACUGAUUUCCCUUGUUUGGCUUAUAUCAAGAAUAAGGAGAUUACACUUUACGAAGGUGACUUGGAAAAAGAGGAAAGUUUAUUAGAAUGGAUAAUUUCAAUCGAUUCAUUGGAUUCUCCUGAAAAAAUUGAAGAAGUUAAUUCCAAAAAUCUUCAGAAAUAUAUUGAUACCCAUGAAUACAUAGCAGUUUUAUUUUAUAAAAAUAACUGUAAAAAGUGUGAAAAAGUAUUACAUGAAUUGGAAGAGAUUGAUGAUGAUGCCGCUCGAAAAGGGAUCAGUUUCGUCAAAAUUUCUGAUCAAAGUUUGGCCUUUGAAUAUGGACUCGAAGAUCUACCGGCGUUGGUAUAUUAUCGUAAAAGAAUUCCCAUAGUUUAUCAAGGUGACCUGGAAGAUGAACAGCAAGUUCUUGAUUGGCUACUUGAUUUUCGAGACACUGCCGAUGAAGAAGAUGACAAAGAAUCACAGAUCGAAGAUGUUUCCACUAAAGUUCUAGAAUCGCUCAUCGAAGAAUCAGAUUCUCUGGUUGUACUUUUCUAUGAUGACACUCAAGAGAAGAGUAAACUUGUCCUUCGUGAAAUGGAAACAAUUGAUGACGAUUGUCGACGACAUGGAAUGCUUUUCGUUAAGACUACUGACCGUGAAGCCGCUCGACAGUUUGGUAUCGAUAAUCACGAAAUGCCGUGUUUGGUUUACUUCGAAUCUCAGAUACCGAACUUUUAUUCGGGCGAUCUAACGAAAGAAGAUCAAGUUCUCGACUGGCUUGUACAUCAACAAGCUUCAGAUGAGAUCGAAGAUGUUUCCGAUGUUGUCCUUCAUCAAAUGGUUGCCAACAAAUCACAAGUUGCUGUUUUAUUCUACGAUAAAGAUGAUCAGAAAUCACUUGAUGCAAUCAAGGAAUUGGAAAACAUUGACGACGAUUGUGAUAAACUUGGAUUACCGUUCAUCAAGAUUGACGAUGCCGCUUUGGCCAAAGAAUACGGACUCGAUGAUGAAUUACCUGCUUUGGUUUAUUUCGAGAAACAAAUUCCUAAUCUAUAUGAUGGUGACCUCGAAAAGGAAGAAAAAGUUCUAAUCUGGUUACAGAAGCAAUUGAAUUCUGAUGAGAUUGAAGAGGUUUCCGAUAAGAUGCUUUACUCUCUUAUCGAGCGAACAGCUCAUAUUGCAGUUCUAUUUUACGAUUCUUCUAAUCGAAAGACGGCUGAGGUUCUUAGAGAGUUAGAACAUAUUGACGAUGAUUGUGAUCGAAAUGAUAUUGUUUUCGUAAAAACUGAUGACCUCGAAGCAGCAGAAAAAUAUCAAUUGAAGAAUCAGUUACCCGCUGUGGUCUUUUUCGAGAAUGAGGUUCCCGCUGUUUACGAAGGUGACCUGACCAAAGAAGAAGAAGUUCUCAAGUGGUUGAUUGAACAACAAGCUUCCGUUGAGAUUGAAGAUGUAAACUCGAAAACUCUAGAGACACUUAUCUCAACCGCCGAUGCAGUGGCAGUCCUAUUUUACGAUCGAGAUUCACCUAAAAGUGCCACCGUGCUGAAAGAAUUGGAAAAUAUUGACGAUGACGCCGAUAAAUAUGAUAUCCCCUUGGUUAAAAUUGACGACGAUCGAUUGGCCAAAGAAUAUGGACUAAUGGACGAACUUCCUAUUCUGGUCUAUUUCGAGAAUAAACUGCCCACCGUGUACGAAGGUGAUCUUACCAAAGAGGAAGAAGCACUUGAGUGGCUGAUUAAACAAAAAACCGAAGAUACAAUCGAAGAGGUUACCGAGGAGAUUUUAGAAGAUCUUAUUGAGGAGUCACCUUAUAUUCUUGUUUUCUAUGCACCCGAUAACUGUAAAGAGUGUUCAGACAUUCUAACUGGCCUUGAACAUAUCGACGAUGACACUGAUGAACACGGAAUCCUUUUCGUUACUACUGAUGAUGAAAACUUGGCUCGUAAAAACGGAAUCAACGCUUUCCCAAGUUUGGUUCUUUACCGAAACGGCAAACCAACGGUCUACCAUGGAGACAUGAAGAAACCCGAUGAAGUGUUGAAAUGGGUCACUUCGGAAGAGGCCUUGUCUUCACGGGACUCGAUUGAAGAAUUGAACGAGAAAAUGUUGGAUAAACUAUUGGCCAGGUCAUCUUAUGUUGCCGUUCUAUUCAUCAAGGACAAGGGUUGUUCUGAGUGCGAUAAAGUACUUACAGAAUUGGAAAAGAUUGAUCACAUUGCCGAAUCAGCUGAUAUCGACUUUGUUCGUAUUGAAGACACUGACCUGGCAAAGGAAUACAAUGUUGCCGUCUUUCCAGCACUCAUAUUUUUCAAGAAUCGAUUCCCUCAGUUUUACGAAGGUGACUUGAAGGACGAACAUGCGGUUCUUCAGUGGAUGAUUGACUCUAAGGGAUCAAAAGAAGAUAUUAUCGAACAAGUUGAUCGAAAAAUGUUACAAGUUUUAAUCGAAGAUGUUCCAAAUAUUGUUGUCUUUUUCUACGAUGAGGGAGAUUGUUCAGAAUGUGACAAAGUUCUAGAAGAGUUAGAAAAGAUUGACGAUGAUACUGAUGAAAUCGGAGUUCAUUUCGUCAAGACGAGUGACCUUCAGUUCUCAAAGGAAAUUGGAAUCACAAAAAUACCCUCUUUGGUUUAUUUCGAAAAUGGUUCUCCGUCAAUUUACGAGGGCGAUCUAACCAUCGAAGAAGAAGUUCUAGAUUGGUUGAUUCAGCAGAAAAACGAAGAUACAAUUGAGAACGUGAAUCGCGAAAUUUUAUUCAGACUAAUAAACGAGAAAGAAUAUCUCGCUGUGCUAUUUUACAAAACAAACGACGACGAAAGUGAGGAAAUACUUGAGCAUUUAGAAAACAUCGACGACGAUUGUUCAGAUUAUGAAGUCGAACUGAUUAAAAUAUCCGAUAAUCUGAUUGCUAAAAAAUACGGAAUUCGAAAUCCACCAGGAUUAGUGUUUUUCCGCCGAGGAAAACCUUUGAAAUACGAAGGUGAUCUAUUCGACGAGGAAGAAGUACUAGAAUGGUUAACCCGACCUGAGAAUAUGGAAUCAUCAGAUGCAAUCGAACGAGUUAAUAGACGAAUGUUUGAACGUCUCUUGGGUCGAAUUAAUUAUCUAGCAGUUUUAUUCUAUUCGAGAACUGAAUGUAAACAAUGUGACCGAGCACUUGACGAACUCGAAAAGAUCGACGAUGAAGCAGAUUCAGCGGGAAUCAAGUUCGUUAAAAUUGAAGACGUACAAUUAGCAAAGACUUUCGGUGUUUUCGCUUUACCAGCUCUCCUUUUCUUCAAGAAAGGAGAUGAAAACGAUCCCAUCAUUUAUCCUGGUGACCUCAAGAAAUCUGAUAAAAUUCUAGAAUGGUUGAUAUCGAUGAAAGAUCCGAGUUUGGACAUGAUCGAGGAGAUCGAUGGAAAAAUAUUACGAAAACUUUUGGCAACUCAAGACCAUGUUGCAGUUUAUUUCUACUCGGACGACUGUGAACAAUGUCAAGCCGUUUUAGAUGACCUGGAAAACAUUGACACGGAUACCGAUAAACACGGGAUCGCAUUUGUCAAGACCAAAGAUGCUGAUAUGGCGGAAUUGUAUGGAUGUAAAACAUUUCCUUCAUUAAUUUACUUCGAGAAAGGUACAGCAUCGGUUUAUUCUGGUGACAUAUCGGCGGAAGAGGAUGUCCUUCAAUGGUUAAUUCAACAAAGAUCCGAAGACACAAUUGAAUCAGUUAAUCGUGAACUACUUGGACAACUCAUCUCAUCGUCACAUUAUUUAGUUGCUUUUUUCUACAAACCUCACUGUCGAGCCUGUGAUAUCGUACUAGAAGAGUUAGAACAUAUCGACGAUGAAUGUGAUAUCUACGGAAUUCACAUGGUAAAGAUUCAAGACAUUCCCUUGGCGAAACGAUAUGGAAUCAGAAAUUUUCCAGCCUUGAUGUAUUUUAGAAAUGGAAAUCCACUUCUUUUUGAUGGUGAUCUUCGUAAUGAGGAUUCUGUCCUCGAUUGGCUUAUCGAUGAUGACAAUCGGGAACUUCAGGAUGAAAUUGAAGAUGUUAAUGGACGAAUGUUGGAUAAACUCGUAGACGAAUCUCCAUUUUUGGCCGUAUUCUUUUACGAUGAUGAUUGUAUAGAGUGUCCAGAGACUCUUAACAAAUUGGAACAAAUUGACGAUGAACUUGACCAUUAUGGUAUCGAUUUUGUCAAAGUUAAUGAUCAAAAUGCUGCUCAAAAAUAUAAAGCUCACCAAGUACCUUCACUUGCUUACUUCCGGAAAAAGAUUCCAAUCUUUUAUGAUGGCGAUUUGAUGCAAGAAGAAAAAGUCCUUUCAUGGUUGACCAGUGAAGAUGUUUUCGAAUUGAAAGAUGAAAUCGAAGAGGUCAACAGGAAGAUGCUCGACAAAAUAUUAACGGAGAACGAUUUUGUCGCCGUUUAUUUCUACGAAAAUGGUUGUUACGAUUGUGAAGAAGUUCUGAAAGAACUCGAAAGAAUCGACGAUGAGGCCGACGAUUUGGACAUAAUGUUCGUUAAAAUUCGUGACCCUCGAUAUGCUCGAAAAUACGGAAUAGUUGCACUUCCAUCAUUAGUUUUCUUCCGUAAACGAUUCCCUUCAAUGUACAGAGGAGAUUUAAUGAAGGAGGAGGAAGUUCUGGAAUGGCUUCGAAAGAACCGAUAUCGACACCCGGAAAUUAGCAUCUUCAUGUACUGUUUGAUUGCCGUGACUGUCGCCUUCAUACUUUAUACGAUUUUCCUUGUGUUUUUCAUCCGAAAUAAGCCGAAAAAGGAUUAGAUUUGUUUUCCAUUCGAGCUCAAGAUUGUUGUUCAGAGGAAAUUUAAAAUCUUGGAAAGAGAAAAAUUUUAAUCCUGGUUAAUUAACUUGGAUUGUGUUCUAAUUAUAAAUUCAUUGAAAAUCUCAUUUGAUUUUAAUUCAACUCUCAUCAUCUCAUAAUAAAAAAAAGUAACAAUUUCAACUUUCAAUUCAAGCCUAACAUCACAAAUGAUUAACUAAUUAACUGAAAAUCAUUUGAUUACAAUUAUGGUUUCGUGAAAAUAAAAGUCUUUUUUUCUUGUUGUUUGUAAUUUUAA